UGACAACAAGAGACCUUGCGCGCAUGCGUAGAACACAACACUCUCGGUGACCGCUACAACAAAGCCAAACUGGAAUAAAUGCAUCAAUUGCAGUGCCUGUGUUUAGCCACGCUGGCUAAAGUUUUGAGUGUGCACAGAGUGUCCACAAGGUUCAAGUGCACAGAAGGAAGACCCUCUGCUCCACUGGGUUCAAGGAUUCUAACCAAUCCUGAUGACAUCUUUCAGCACAAUAUGUGGGAUCAUGUGCAAUGGACAGAGGAGGAUGUGGAAAAUGCACAGAUAAAAGCUGAGGAAAACUCCAGUGUGCGAAUCCCAUUCAGUGAACAAGCUACGUUUGACAUUGACGCUUGUCGCUACUGGGAUAGGUUUUAUGAGCUUCACCAGCAGAAAUUCUUCAAAGAUCGGAAGUGGCUUCUUUUGGAAUUCCCAGAACUGCUUCCAUCUGACUUAAAAAGCCAAGAAGGGGACACGAGACAUCGGCAACAGGGCAGAUGCACACACUUGGACCCCAACGCCAACCCGCAGCACCUCCGUCAAGAUGCAGGGCCGGAAACGUACGAAGCAGCCGAGCGUGUUUCUUACCCGGGACAGCAUGCAGAUUUCAGGAUAUUGGAGGUUGGAUGUGGAGUCGGCAACAGCGUAUUUCCUAUUAUUAGCAACAUCAAAGAAAAGGGUGCAUAUUUAUACUGUUGUGACUUCUCGCCAUGUGCUCUUCAACUGCUGAAGGGCCAUCCCGAUUAUGACGACUCUGUGUGCCACGCCUUUAUGUAUGAUAUUUGUGAGGAGGAGGCCUCUCUUCCCUUUCCUCCACACAGCCUGGAUGUCAUUCUUGCAGUCUUUGUCCUCUCCUCCAUUCAUCCAGACAGGAUGCAAGGAGUAGUAAAUAGACUGUCCUCAUACCUCAAAUAUGGAGGGGUUUUUCUCUUUCGGGAUUAUGGAAGAUAUGACUUCUCACAACUCAGGUUUAAGAAAGGUCGGUGCUUGUCAGACAACUUCUACACACGUGGCGAUGGAACCUGCGUUUACUUUUUCGCUAAAGAAGAAAUUCAUCAUUUAUUCAGCAAAGCCGGACUGGAGGAAGUUCAGAAUGUGGAGGAUCGCCGACUUCAAGUUAACAGAGGAAAGAAAGUAUCAAUGCAUCGAGUAUGGAUGCAGAGCAAGUAUAGGAAACCAUAUCCACUUUCAACUUGUUAACGCCCCUCUUUCCUUUAUACACUGUUAUAUUUUUAGAUCUACUUGUUGUCAAAAAAACGCAUAUUGUGCAGUAUGUACAUUAAAAGCAUACUACAUGGAUCGUUACUGUGUUCCAGUAACGAGAAAUAUAAGUCAUUACUAUACUAUAUACUAUACUAAAAUUUUAACGUACAAUGACAAAAUAUGACUUUUGUAUUUGAACGAGCCACAAAACAAUGGUGGUGUGUUUUGAAAUGUUUAUUGUUCCACAAAGUGACACUCAAAAAGAUAUUGUCAACAUUUCGUAGACCAAUAUGCGUUACAUUAACGCCCAGUUUGGAUUCCUAGGAAAACAAUCAGACUGCACUUCCGGAAUAACAAACAAAAAACAGACUGUGUACAUAUAUUUAUACUGUAUAUUCUGUAUAUUUUGUAUUUUUCAUUCUUUUUUAAUAGAUGUGUCUGCACCUACUUCACCAAAACAAAUUCCUAGUAUGUGUUUGAUCAUACCAGGCAAUAAACCCUUUUCUGAUUUUGAUUCUGAAUCUGACCAAAUAAACCACUGUUAUGAUACGAUAUAAUAACUUUUUCAAGUACAAAUGAACUUACAAAUAAACUUAGCAAAUAUAUUCUAAUGUAUUGAGAUGCAUCUGUAUACAUAAUUUUGAGAAUUCAAGUCCCCCUCCAAUUAUUGAUAUUUCCCAUACCAGCACCUCAUGCUCCAAUAUCAAUUCUCAAAUCUAAAUAUUGAUACUUUCAAUACUUAAGUCAUUUGAAGUUUGACCCAUUGUGAACGGAGGAGCCAUGUGUGAAUUGUCAAUAAAGUUUUUAUUCGUUUAUUUUAAUGGCUGUAUGAACUUGUUUUUUUUUUACAG